GCCGCCGGGCUGCGCCGGAUCCGUUCCCGCUGCCAUGACCGAGGAGCCGUACGAGAAGUUCCUGGCCCCCGAGGAGCCGUGCCCGCUGCUCUCGCACCAGCACCCGCCGCGGGGCGGCAGCUGGAGCCUGAGCGAGGAGGGCUGCCUGGACGUCAGCGACUUCGGCUGCCAGCUCUCGUCCUGCCACCGCACCGACCCGCUGCACCGCUUCCACUCCAACAGGUGGAACUUGACCUCUUGUGGAACCAGUGUAGCCAGCUCGGAGUGCAGUGAGGAGCUGUUCUCAUCGGUUUCGGUUGGUGACCAAGAUGACUGUUACUCUCUGUUGGAUGACCAGGAGUUCACCUCUUUUGAUUUGUUCCCCGAGGGCAGCGUCUGCAGUGAUGUCUCUUCUUCUAUCAGCACAUACUGGGAUUGGUCAGACAGUGAGUUUGAAUGGCAGUUGCCUGGCAGCGACAUUACGAGUGGGAGUGAUGUACUUUCUGAUGUUAUACCUAGUAUUCCCAGCUCUCCUUGUCUGCUUCCGAAAAAGAAAAACAAGCAUAGGAAUCUUGACGAACUUCCAUGGAGUGCCAUGACAAAUGAUGAACAGGUUGAAUAUAUUGAAUAUUUGAGUCGCAAAGUCAGUACAGAGAUGGGCCUUCGAGAGCAACUUGAUAUUAUUAAAAUUAUUGAUCCCACUGCUCAGAUCUCACCUACAGAUAGUGAAUUCAUUAUUGAAUUGAACUGUCUCACAGAUGAAAAACUGAAACAGGUGAGAAACUAUAUCAAGGAACACGGACCUCGUCAACGGUCUGCAAGGGAAAGCUGGAAGAGGAGUAGCUACAGCUGUGCCAGUACCAGCGGCGUGAGUGGUGCCAGUGCCAGCAGCAGCAGCGCCAGCAUGGUCAGCUCAGCCAGCAGCAGUGGUUCUAGUGUUGCCAAUUCCGCUUCAAACUCAAGUGCCAACAUGAGUCGAGCACACAGUGAUAGUAAUUUGUCCGCAAGUGCUGCAGAAAGAAUCCGGGAUUCAAAAAAGCGUUCCAAGCAACGGAAACUCCAGCAAAAGGCCUUACGCAAGAGACAGCUGAAAGAGCAAAGGCAAGCUCGUAAGGAAAGACUGAGCGGAUUAUUUCUUAAUGAAGAAGUGCUCUCUUUAAAAGUGACUGAGGAGGACCAUGAAGGAGAUGUGGAUGUUUUAAUGUGACCGGGGUGAAUUUAUCAGUGUUCUUUCUAAGCCUUAAACAUAUUAUCCUUAUUGUUUACAUAUAUUUCUUGACCAAAUUUUGAUUAGUGUUAAAUAUAUAAACCAGAUCUCUCUUCAAGUGUAAUUUUGGUAAGAAGGUCUAAGUAUUGAGUAACUUCAGCUUUUUAAGACUAAUUUUGCAACAGACUUCAGAAACUGACUUCUGAGAAGCUGCAGAAUAGAUAGAAUUUGGGGGAAAUUUGUACUUGGCUAACAUGGUAACUUACUUGCAAGACAUAAGUCUAGGGCUGCUUUUGGAUGACACUAAGCAUGCAUUGCUAUGCUUCAGCUUUUUUGUUUCUUUAUGACUUAGAGUUAAUAUUACACUUGGCUUGUUCUGUCUUCCUUUCCCAUUACUAGGAAGAGUGUUUAGCAUGAGGAAAAAAAUCUUUAGUUCUGUAGGGUGUUCUUCAGUCUUGCUCCUGGAUCAUGCGAAUUUAAAGUACUGUGAUAAAUCCUUUUCUAGAAGUUAUAAUUUAACUCAAACUACACAGAAAACAAGAAGCAGGACUUCUAAUGCAGGGAAUCUGUAACACGAACAAUUCCUAAUGAUGUAGUUCUUUAGGAAGCAAUUAGAAUUAAAAUUAAAACCCAAACACCUGCAAGCUUAGUCUUCAGAAAGUUAUUUUGCUGCUCAAUCUCUUAUAGUGUGGUUGUAACUAAUGGUUGCUAAUGGUUGACCAGUACCUCCCUAACAUUGCUAUGAAAAAAUCAAAUAAAAACAUCUUUAUGCAUUGAAAAUACACUAAUCUGCAAUUCAGUUGUCUUGGACUCUACUUAAAACAGUUUAAAAUGCUUCUGGAAACAGAAGUGCAAAUAAGUGGCACACAACUUUGGUGGCUUUUUUUCUGCAGGAGCAUACCUAAAUAGAUUCAUGUUGUCUUGGCAAAAGAACUUAAUUAAUGCAACUGUGCUUUCUAAUUCUGUGUUUAGAUGAGGAUGUGUCUUCUGUGUGGGUUGUUACACCAUUACAUGUUUCAGAAUUCUCCUUUUGCUGUCUAUCUGCUUUUGAAAUUUCUCUUACUAAGAAAAUGAAGUAAAAUCGUGGCUUUCAGGUGGGGAGGUAAAAGUAGUUUUAACCUGUUUCCUAAUUCUGACAAUCUGUAAAGUGACUUUUAACAAGUAGUUCCAAAACAAUGGCACAGAGCUCCUUCCCUCCACAGCUGAGAUAAAAAUGAUACUUCUAAAUUUCAAUGUGAAACUUAAAAGAAUAUAGAAGUAUUUUCUAGUUCUAAGCUUAGAAAGUUACUUUUCAUUAUCUUGAUGCUUCAUUACUUUCAUGUUGCUCUUGUGAAUUAAGGAGUUUGGCAGUUUGGUGUGGCCACAUGUGCCUGUAAUUGCAGGGUAUAGCCCAAUCCUGCAGGAUUGCAUGAUCGACUUUAUAUAGGACGGAUCACAUUCAUUUUACAUGUCCUGCACCAACAGCUGAAGUAUUUUAUUUCAGAAGUGGCAUUCCUUGUAGCCUCAAAAUAAACUGCCCAGUAAAAUAUAUGAACAAUGGCCUCUGAAAGGGCUUUGAUGAUAAAUAAAUGAGCUCCUUAGUCAAACUAGUAUAUGUGUCACUAUUACUGUGACUACAGUCACUAUUACUGUAGCUAGACAAGAGGUACCCCGAUUUUGCUGAUAAGAAGCUGGGUGAUGUCAUUUUAAACUCGAGUGUUAGUGAUCCCAUAUGCCCAGUUUGGUCACUAACCAGAAGCGACUGCUGCCUGUCAGUAUUUGCUUGUACUGCGCUACAGCUGGUUGAUGCCUCCCUCCCUCCUGUAGAAACGAUACCAAAAGCUUCUUAAUGGUAUAUAGUUACACAGAAUUUAGGUUGGAGCUUCUUUUAAAUGUCUUGAAUGGAAGAAAAAAUUGAAUUGCUGUCAAUUCAGCUCAUUUCAGGGUGCAGCUGUUGAACUCGUGCAGCUUACCGUGGCUGUAAUGGAUGAAUUCAUCAUGAAACGUUUCACUGUGUGUACGCUGUUAGACUUUAGUGCAACCUUUAUUUUCUGCAGUGACUUUGAAAUGUGAUUAUUUUUUUUCUUAGUUAAAAUGCUCGCUUAAUACUUUAGAGAAUUGAGAGUCUGAAAUAAAUUGAAGUAUGGUACGAUAUCUCAGCGUGGUGGAGCAUGGAAGUGUGUCACUUUAUUCUGUGUUAGCAGCUCCUCAGAGUGUAAAAUCCCUCAGUUUUUGUUGAGAGAAGACCCCCUCAUUUAGAUGAAGUACAGUUCUGUUGGCCACCUGUUUACUAGCUUCCAGAGAUCUUGAAAUGAGGGAGCAUAGUAUUUUCAUCUUGAUCUUAGUGUGAGCAUGUGAAUAAGUUGAUCCAAGGGAUUAGGUGGAUCCUGUUGCUCAUCUGUUACAUUGGGUGAAAAGGUCCUGGGUGGGAUGUGGUAUCCAGCUGGGUACUUCAGUCCCUCGUGUGACAGUUAAAGUGAUAGAAGAGACUUCCAGGGGUUUCAUGGUAAUAAUUUAUAGCUCUGUAAUCUUGUAGUCCCAGAAUGCUUAUAAUCUAAGAAUACAAAACUUUGGAUGUUCUGGUAAGAACACAGAAUAACAUCUGGCUUGCCUGAGUGUUGUCUUUGCCAAGCACCUGGCAUCUCAGAGAAUCAGGCCUGGAGUAGCUGUGAGAUUUGAGAGUUCUCAUAUACUUCCACCUUUUUGUGGACUUUUUUUUCCUCUUUUCACAUCCUUCUUAGUUCGAAUGACACACUCAUUUCAGGGAGGGGGAAGGUGUUUUUGUCAGAUUCCUGUCUUUACCUGCAGUACACCAUAUGCUUACCUGGGGAAGUGCUGGAGUCACCGUCCCUGGAGAUGUUUAAAAGACGUAUAGAUGUGGUGCUUAGGGACAUGGUUUAGUGGUGGACUUGGCAGUGUCAGGUUUACGGUUGGGUUCUAUGAUCUUAAAGGUCUUUUCCAACCUAAAUAAUCCUAUGAUUCUAUGAAUUUUUAUUGGAUACCUGUGGCAUUAGUCAAACAGUUGGAAUUUUAGUUAAACCUGGUCUUGCUGAUUCAAAUGUCGGCUGUUGUGGCUGCUGCUUUGCUUUACAGGAAGUUAUCUGCAGGUUAUUUGGUUCAAAUAGAUAAAGAAGAGUAACAGCCUGCUAAAAUAAUGCAUUCACUCUUUUUCAAAAAAGAAGAAAAUACUUGCUUUUUAUUCAUAGACAAAAAAUUGUCAAGCUUGAAAGGAAAAUAGAGACAAACAGGAACAAGCUCAUGUUUGUGUGGCUCCAUGGUACUGAAGCUGUAUAUCGAGAUGCCUGGUACCCACUGUAAUAUGAAUGUAAUCCAUUCAUACUCUUUAACAUUAACGAUUUCCUUCCAGGGUAACUUCUCCUCUAAAAAGGCUUAGAAGGAGCACUGAAAGUCUGAUUUCAAUAGGACUGUAAACAAUAGAGAACAUUCUUUUCUAAUAUGAUUUUAAAUGUAAGGAAGACAGCUACCUGACAAACCUGUCUAAUUUUUUGUGUGUGUAUCUAAUGUCAUCCUUUGUCUCUGUUAAUAUCUGUUUUUCUUUAUCUGGGAAAUUGAUUAAAAUAUUAUUAUAGUAUGCUCAGAAUGAGGUGCUUACUAAGAAGAGCAAGAAAAGUCUUUGCAAGACUUCACUGGGCUUAAUUUUUACUUAUUAUAUUGUGGUUUGAAACCUGUGAAGCUCAUUCUCUGGGGAAAAAACAAACCAACCUGCUUGAACUUGUUCACAUGCAUUUACAUCAUAAUGCAUAUACAAUAUAGAAACAUAUAAAAAUGGCAAUAUUUACUGUUCAUCUAUGCUGAGUGGCCUGAAGCCAUUUCCUUUCUCCUAAUGCUCUUUCAGCUUUGAAAUCAGUUGGUGCAUUGGUCUAUAAAUAUUAAUAACCUGACUGUUUUGGGGUCUCUUGAAGUUCAUUCUUACAAGCCAGAUUUUCAUGGCAGAUGUUAGAUUUAUUGGUAUAAUGUUCUUUGCCUUACUGAUCUUUCAGUUCUUGGGCAUAGAAAAGACAAGUUAACAUCUGAUUUUCCACUUAAGAAUUGCAAAGAUAGUUUAUUAAUCUAUCAAGGACAAAUCCUAGUACUAUUCAAAGCUUGUCUAUUUUGACUAGUAGCUCUGAUUAAUCGUGCUUGCAUUCUCUCUCAUCUGGCUCACUUUAAAACAUUUCCAAAUUACAAAUAAAUUCUUGAAUUAAAAAGAAAUCGUAAUGUUGAAGCCUUGAAUAUAGUUCAUAACCAAAGCAAGGGGAAAGAGGGGGGUUUUGUGGAUUUUUUUUUUGGAUGGGGGGAGGGAAGGGAGGAAGAGAUGAGGGUAUAGAUUAUACAGUACUGUUUAAAUUGAGGGUUUUUUUCAGGUUUUCUGCUAAUUGUAUUGCUAAAAUGCACUUUUGUAUAGAAAACUGUCCUCUGUACAUUCUGUAUCUACACAAUGUUUAUAGAGAUUUUUCUGAAGUUGUGAAGGAUGUACUGAAAUCUGGAAUGCUGGUGACUGAUGCUGUUGACUUCAAGUUUUCAUUGUAUUUGAAAAUAGUUAUGUGCAUAUCGAAGUACAGGUUGGAAUUAAAACUGAUGAUAUAGCAAAGA